GCCUUCCUCAAGCGGCCUACACACGCUCGGCCUCAACAGGCCCGGCGGGAGCCCUCAGGGGAGGGCGCCGCCACCCACCGCGGCGUCGCGUCUGAGGCGCGUCGUUACCGGGCGCCGGUAGGGCUGGGCGGGGCCCGGCUCCCCCCGGACCGCCAUGGGGCCGCUGCUCUGGCUGGCUCUGCAGCUGGGCGCGGGCUCGGCCGCCUGCCUGGUGGAGGUGGACGUCGGGCGGGCCGAGCGUCCCCUGGAGCACUUCUGGAGGAGCACUGGCUUCUGCCCUCCUUUACCUCACAACCGUGCUGACCUAUUUGACCUGAGCAAAGACCAAGAGAUGAAUCUAGCCUAUAUUUCUUCUGUUCCACAUGGUGGCAUUGAACAAGUUCGAAUUCACUGGUUACUGGAAUUGGUUGCUCUCAGAGUGAUAAAUGGGAAACUUCAUUACAAUUUUACUGCCUUGGAUAACCUUAUGGAUCGCCUGUGGGAAAAUAAGCUAAUUCCAGGAUUUGAAUUGAUGGGGAAUCCAUCAGGAUAUUUUUUGGAUUUUGAAAAUAAAGAACAGGUAGUAAGAUGGAGAAACUUAAUAACACUUCUGGCCAGCAGAUACAUAGAUAGGUACGGAUUGCAGCAUGUUGCUAAAUGGAAUUUUGAAACAUGGAAUGAACCAGACCACCACAACUUUGACAAUGUGUCUAUGACAGUGAAAGGGUUUCUCAAUUAUUAUGAUGCUUGCUCAGAAGGAUUAAGAGCAGCCAGUCCUCUGCUAAAAUUUGGAGGGCCUGGGGAUUCCUUCCACCCCUUACCCAAGUCACCCAUAUGCUGGAGUCUUCUGAGUCAUUGCUACAAUGGAACUAACUUCUUCACAGGGGAGACUGGUAUAAGGUUGGACUACAUCUCUCUUCAUAAGAAGGGAGGUGGGAGUUCUCUCUACAUCUUGCAACAGGAAGUAGAAACAGUUGGACAAAUUCAGAAGCUGUUUCCAAAUUUUGCUUCUGUUCCCAUAUACAACGAUGAAGCAGAUCCGAUGGUUGGAUGGUCCAUUCCAGAACUGUGGCGAGCUGAUGUGACCUAUGCCGCUAUGGUUGUAAAGGUAAUCAUCCAGCAUCAAAACCUGCUCAUUUCCAAAGCCAACAACACCAUCAACUACACACUGCUGAGUAACGACAACGCCUUCUUGAGCUACUACCCCUAUUACUUCACACAGAGAACUCUGACAGCACGUUUCCAGAUGAACAAUACAAAGCCACCUCAUGUCCAGAUGGUGCGGAAACCAGUGCUGACUGUCAUGGGCUUGCUGGCAUUGCUAGGAAAAAAGCAGAUUUUUGCAGAAGUGAAGAGCUGUGAAGGUGAAAGCAUUCAAAACAGCACAAUUGGCAUCCUGGCAUCAGUACACACCCCAAGUGAGAUGCAACACUCAGACAGUUGGCAAGCUACUCUACUGAUGUAUUCAAGUGAGGAUAACAGGACUUCAUCCAACAUCAGCGCUGUCACAGUGAACAUCACCCACUUCCCCAAACUCAAAGAGCUGGUGUAUGUGACAUAUUACCUGGAUAACAACCAAACCAAUCCCCACCUGAAGUGGAAAAAGCUAGGAAGCCCUGACUUUCCUUCCCCAGAACAGUUCCGGCAAAUAAGGGAUGCUGAGGACCCAGUGACAACAGGCCCAUUCCCAGUUCCUGAAGGUGGCAUCCUGACACUGAAGCAAGACUUUCCCGUUCCCUCAGUCUUUCUUAUCCACAUCUGUGCAAGACCCAGAUCUGUUCCUGAUCAAGUGACCGGUGUUCGUUUGAUACCUCUCACAAAGGGGCAGGUCAUUGUGUUGUGGGACGAUGGCUGUGUAAAUUCAAAAUGUAUAAAGACAUUUGAAGUGCAGUUCUCGCCAGAUGGAGAAGCGUACCAGCGGAUUAAUGCCAAAGACACAAUAUUUACUCUCUGGGUCUACAGUCCAGGAAGCUCAGUCUCCGGCUUUUACAGAGUGCGUGCCAUUGACUACUGGGGGAAGGCAGGCCUCUUCUCUCUUCCUGUGGAGUAUGUUGAAGCUUUCAAGUGACUCUGAAGAAUGGUGCCUGGCUUGGUGACUGAGUGGCGUAUGCUCCCUGCAAAUGACAACUCCCCAGAAAAAUAAACUCCUCCCAAGCUGAGGAAGGAGUACCGAUGAAGCAAGUUAGGAAUGCAAGUUAGAAGCAACUGCCUCUAUUAACUCUUCAGAGCUCGAAAGACAGCAUUAUCAAACUGCCACAACUGACAACCCAACUGGUACAAUUUUAACAGGCUGCAGUAAGACUGGGAUUCAGCUUGGUAACUAGGAAUUAAGGGAAUAAACAUUUAUUAUUCCCUAUUUUACACUGAGCUAAUGGCCCGGACAACCAAAGAUGUAUAGAGGUAACACAUUGCAGCAGGAACAGGACCAUUGUUUCACUGUAUGAGUGAGGAUGGCAGCAAAGGAACAAGGAGGACCUGUCUGAGAGUGAACUGCCUGCCUCAGCUGCCAGGCUGUCCUGAUGUAAUGGUUCGAUGGAAAAGUGUACAGCCACCAGAUGUGUCUAGAGCAUGAAAUGAGGAUUCCUGCUUCCUUGCUGGUUAGUCACACAUGCUCUAGUGGGUUAUUUCAGAGCACUUGACAUGUCUUCAGAUAUAUGCGAUUCUUCACUCUCUCACAGAGGGGUUUCUACCCAGCUGUCUCUGCAUUUGUGGCUGUUACUUGAAGGCCAGAGCUAUUCCCUGACAUAGGCAGAAGACAGCAUAGCAGCUCAUCCUCAGAGGGGAAGAAGACACAGGGUGGUGAAGCCUCCAGACUUACCUGCCGUUUCUGCUUUUUGCUUUUGCCCAAUUCACCUGUUCUCACUCUGGCCAUCAGCCACUGCCUCUUUGUGGUGAAGGCUCUAACCCUGAGAGCCCUUCAUUCUCUACAUUGCUGUCACCUAGCCUCCUUCUACAACCUCUAUAACUAGUGUCUCUCCCCAGUGACCUGAGGCUUGGCUUUGGGCGGUCAGGAGAAAGCUGAAAUGCUAGUUAGAGCCUUAUGUCUUGUCAUAAUGCAGGAGAGCAGUCUCUUGAAUGUAACAGGGCUGCUACUGACAGUUGGAAAAUUAACCAAGAACAUUUUGAGUUCCUGUGCUUUGCAAAGUGUGUGCGCAAGGGUGUGAUAGCUGCAGAUCAUGGGCUGCAGAGCACCUCUGGCUGUCCUUGCAGCUGCCAAACACUUUAUGUAACAGCAAAGUUCCCUGAAAAAAACAGGAGUGUUUUUUUACUCUCCCCUUUUCACAACUGGCACAGUUUGAACUGUGCCUUUAAAAUGCUGGUAGGGGGAAGGAUGAAUGCCAGUGAAAACAGCUGGAAUGUUUUCCAUAAGAGGAGCAACUUUGUCACACAAACAAAUCCCCUACUGCUCUCUUUGCUGACAUCAGCCACCUCACCAAUAUAACAACAAAGACUGCAUGUUUGAUGAAACAUUCAGGUCUCAGACAAAAAAAACCAAGUUUGCACAGUAGGAGAGAGCUGAACUACCUCAAAUGGCCUCACUUUUACAGCACAAAAAUGAAACAUACAAAAAGUCAGUAUAUAUUACAUUAACUUGUAAUCUUGUAUCUUGUGUCUCCUUACCUUCUGGUUACUUCUUCUUGUGCUUAUGUUGAAAGUCAGCCUUCAAAGAUUAAUUUUGUCACAGUUGAGAUGAAGUAUUUCUUUUGUCACUGAAGUUUGAAUGAGGAGCGCUUGUCACAUGCUAAUCUGCCAAUUGCUUUCCCAUAAAGGCUUGUGCAGGACAUCAAAUGGCCAUUGGACCCUAAUUAAAUGGUAAUUUUCUCAGUUUCAAAAAAGUUAGUGAGAUGUUCUACUUGGAUGGAGAUAGUAAAAAUACAUUUUAAAGUUGUUACAGCUGCCCCUAAGUGAAAAAUCAGAAAAUACAGUUAAAUAAAAUCUAGUGGUUAAGACAUACUGUUUUGCCAGUAUGAAGUGGAACCACAGAAAAAAAAUACUUUUAGAAGUGUUCAAAUAUAGGACCUUGAGAGAUUUCAGUGCAUCUGAAACUGGGGAGGACAAUUUAGUCUGUUAGGAUGUCCUAUUUGAGUAGUCCUCUGCUUUAAAAUUUUCCCACACUGGAAAUCAGAACAUAGUACUCUUUAUCAAACAAAGGACCAUACACUAGUUACAGGUGUUUGAGAAUAAAUGAAGCAUAGCUGUUGUGAAGAGUAUUGCUUUUGCUAUUCAGGGAUAUAGCAGAAAAUGUAUAAGUGAAACUCAUGGAAAACAGAAGAUCAAAAAUCACUGCCCUGCUUUAUUUAACUUAAAUUAUACCUCACACAAGUGAGGUUAAUAGUAGCAUAUAUGAGGCAAUUGGUGCAGAGCUGAUGAGUCCUGGUGGAAUGUUUGGCUUUUACAGAAGUGCAGAACAGAGAAUGGCAACUCACUUGCUCUUUCACUGUAUUUCACUUUCUUUUGUAGUGUCUGUCCCUGUGAUUUUCUUUAGGGCAGGUUAGAAGAUUUUAGGCUGGGAGUUUCUGCUUCUCAGCAGUGACAGACAAGAGGCUUGCAGCUGCCUCUUUGAAGUAGUUUGCAAUUCUUAUGCUUAGUUUUUUUCCUCUUGUUGAAAAGUGAAGUAAGAGUACUAUUUUCUCUAAAGUUUCAUGGUAAAAUUUUGUACAUUAUUGUAUUGCUUAUUGAAGCCACAAAAAAGCAGAAAUUUUAUUUGCAAGGGUAGAGCUUAACAUGUUGUAGAUUCAAAUGAAAUCCACUUUCUUUGGGUGAAGUCCAGCCACUUUGAAAAUCUGUCACUAUGUCCCUCUUUUAGGGCUUUUACAUUAAACAUCAACCAAAGUGUGGCCGGCACAGUGCCUUUUCAGGUAUUUUUCUGGCAGUGGCAAAUAUGCAUGGAAAGCAGAGCUGACCAAAAAUGGUGCACUCUCUGUUGAGAAACAAGUUUUAAAUAUUGACUAAGUUUUUUUUCUUCUUCUUUGCUGCUUUGGUAAACUUAUUCCUUUAAGCAAUAAGCAAGUCUAAACAAUUGCAGCAGAGAUGAGAAUUUGGUAUUUCCAACAAAGUAUUGAAGGUUUAAGCUGAUGUUGUCAUUUUAAUAAUUUAAUGUCCAGAGAAAAAUGCUAUUUAGUACUUGAAACUUGAUUUUUCUGUAACUCUCUUUCAGCGACUGUCUGAUACGGCCUCCAAAACUGCAUGUUCAACUCUACUGUCUCCUCUGUUACUGGGUCCCCCUUCACAGUUUCAGUUUUCAGAAGUGCCAGGUGAGCACAGUGCUAGGUGGGAGCAGAAGGUGCUUAGUAGUUCUGUAGCAUCAGAACCAAAGCAAGACUGCAGAACACGCAGGUAUGUCUCUCACUGGUCAUAAAUCCAAGUAGGAAAAUCUAACUGCAAAUGCAAGGUGGGAUUGUUUGCCUGCUGUUCAAAAAAAAGCUUCUGAAGCUAUGGAAUAGUUUUGCAACUGUUUGUUAAAAUGAAUCCUAGGGAAAAACCUUUCAGAUGAGUGUUUUGUGUAAUUGUGUAUAUACUGCAUUUGUUACCAUCUUUUGUGCUACUCAAUAAAACCAGUUUUGAAUCUUUCA